CGGACUCAUAUUCCAACUUCGCAGCACACACCCAGCUUGAGACGAGCAUGUCUAGUGAAACCCCUGGACGACUGAUCUCGCACUUCCAAAACAGCUAAUAGCACCCUUAGACCAGAAUCGCAACAUGCCCAAGGCUGGUCCGAACUAUGGGACAACAACGAAAGCGACCUCUGGGACCGAGGCUUCUGCUCACCAGCAUUGACUGACCUCGUUGCCGAGCGACGCGAUCUUCUAUCCCCAGUUACUGCGGAUGGGAGUCGCAAGAGGGCUCUUGUUCCCGUAAGCAAUACAGACACCUGCAGAAGACUAUGUCUGCGUACUUAAUCCACUCACAAUGAAAUUUCCCCAGGGCUGCGGCAGAGGCUACGACCCAGUCAUGCUCGCCCUGCACGGCUUCGACGCAUGGGGCCUGGAAAUCUCCCAUACGGCCGUCGAGGCUGCGGAACGGUAUGCCGCCGAGCAGAUGCACACCCCUUCGCCGAGCAAUUUCGCAAGCUGCGAAACGGGUACGGGGAUUGAGGCAGGGACGGUCCGUUUUCUCCAAGGCGACUUUUUCGACAACGACUGGGUAGCCCAGUUGCCGGAUCGAGACAGGAAAUUCGACCUCAUCUACGAUUAUACGUUUCUGUGUGCUUUGCAUCCUAGCAUGAGGCGUUUGUGGGCGAGGCGCAUGGCGGAGCUGUUGAAACCGGGGGGUUUGCUUGUCUGUUUGGAGUUCCCGCUGUGGAAAGAUUUGAAGGCAGAAGGGCCUCCCUGGGGUCUGAAGGACGUGUAUUGGGACCUGCUGGCGUGCGGGGGUGAUGGAUUGGUGCAAGAUGAUGGGAAGGAAAGGGAACCGCGUAACACUGAAAAUGUCCAGUUUGUAAGAGAGCUGUAUCUGAAGCCAGCGCGGUCUUAUAAGCAAGGAAGAGGAGAGGAUAUGCUGAGUGUGUGGCGUAAGCAGUAGUCAUAGGUGAUGAGAAUGCAGUCUCGGACAGAAGUCAUCACGUUGGCUUAUAAACAGCACGGCUCGAAUGAGCUCAAAGUGGGGGCCUAGCGGC